UAUGACCGGGCUGGCAGGAUCGUUAAAGGACAGGAGAUGUCACUUCCACGGAGCAAAUAUGAAGAGGAUGUUUACAUAAAUAAUCACACUAGUGUCUGGGGUUCCUGGUGGAAGGACCAUCAAUGGGGUUAUAAGUGCUGCAAACAGACAAUUCGAAACAGUUACUGUACAGGAACUGUUGGAAUUGAAGCAGCUGAAGCUGCUGCUGAUUUAAUGAAGGCCAAUAUAGCCCGCAAAGAAGCUGCCGAAGAUACCCAAACACCAACUGAACAAAAGAAGGUUGCUACGUGGGGUACUGAAGUGCCAGAUGAUCUGGUUCUUGAUGACAAAAAAUGGCAGAAGCUCUUAAAAAGGAGGAAGAAAGGAAAAGAGACGUUAUUAAGGAUGAAAGGAAAAGGAAAUAUAACGUGAAGUAUAAUGAUGAGGUCACACCUGAAGAAAUGGAGGCAUACAUGAUGAAGAGGAUCCA